AUGAAUAUGAUAGAUGACGACAAGAGCUAUAGCUUACAUGCCGCCACGAGUGAUAAGGUCGAUAUCACCCAUGAACACCUCGACCUCCUCGUCCAAGUCCCAGCCCGCUAUAAACCACAUACCAUGAUAGCGGACGGUGACAGCGUCUAUCAGAGUGAGACAACUACGAUUAUGAUUUUCAGUCGGUAUAUGGCACUCCGGAAAGACAAAGUCGACUUUGGCGUUUUCCUUGGCAGGGAGCCACAGACCACACCGGAUAGGUGGAAAAUACAAAACUUUAAACACAACGGCAGGGAGCCACAGACCACACCGGAUACGCGGAAAUUACAACAAUUUCAACACAACGGCAGUUAUGUUUCGACGUCAAAUUCCUUAACGAUGAGCUGCCUCAACGGUCAGCCAGCGGUAAACGAUGCACCCGCAGCGCGGCGCCAAUCGUAUAUGACAUUCC